AUGGGAGUCUUCGGAAUAUUCAAGCUGAAGGGAUUUGAUCCUGAUACUUUCGAAAAAGAAUUAACCCAAUUGACCAAGCAGAUCUCUGAUACACAACAGCAUAUCUACAGUUUGAAAGGCAAAUCAAAACGGUGGGUAUUCUCCUUAAGCAAAAUUUUCUUAACAACAUAUGCAUUGAUUCUUGUUUAUAUAUAUCAGAAGGUGCCAAGGUCUCCAAUAGCAAGAAAUAAGAUCGUCAAUUUCAUUAAAAGCCAGUCCAAUGAUCAGCUUAUGGUAUUGGUGGGAUUUCCAGUCGUGGGGUACUUGAUAGUGUAUUUGAUUAAUAGCAUAUUCAGGCUUUCGGUUGGGAGACGAGAAAAAUACCUUCAAUCGUUGAAGAAGAAACAUUCGCUCAAAAUCGAGGAGUUGAAGAAAAUCACCAAUUUCAACACCACAAACGACUUGUUAAACAAGUAUGGAAACCAGGACGAGAAAAAGAAGUCGAAGGAUGAAACAGGUAACAAGUCCGCCACCAAGAAACAGCUGGGUGCAUCACGCCAAAUUGACACGCCAAACGCCCAACAACAGCAGCAACAGCAGCAGAUUAUAAAGAGGUUGCAGAAUCUCCAGGAAAACCCUCCAGUGCAGAAACCCAGAACGUUUCAAGACAGGGUGUUAGAUUUUAUUGUUGGAUCGGAUAAUAAUGAGGCGACUGAGAAUAGAUAUGCGUUGAUCUGCAAGCAAUGCUUGACUCACAACGGGUUAGCACCUCCAGGAAGCACGAAUCCAUUCAAAGUAUCGUAUAUCUGUCCUAAUUGCGGGUUUUUGAAUGGUGAAACCGAAACCGAAGGAAUAACCACCCCCAUUGAAACCGAAGGAAUAACCACCCCCAUUGAAACCGAGGAACUCAAAUUGAACGAAGUGACGCCCCUUGCAAUAGAUCCGGCAUUGCACAGGCCCCUGAUUGACAAUGUAAUGGACAAACCAGCCCCAGACCCGAUUUCCGGCGACGAGACCGUCGAACUGACUCUUAUCGAGCCCAACGACACCCAUUCUUCGUCAUUUAAUAGACUGACUAACGAGUCGCCCCUCCACGACUCCUAA